CAGCAUUUAUAUAUGUUUGUCUUUGGUACUUAUACUCGCAACAACCACUUACGGAAUUUUUCAAUAAGUUUUCUUUAUAUAAAAAUUUAGAAAAUUUAGAUGCGACCCUUGGCUUUGAUCAUAUUUACGUUACAAAUGUUUCAAGUCGACCAGGAGCACAUGAAAAAUUAAAAUCAAUCGGAAAUAAAUUAAAUUUAGAAAUCGAAUUCUUUUCAACCACUUCCCAACUUGAUAGUGAAUCGCAACCAUUACAAAAAGCUUAUAUUAAUCAUAAUAUUUAUCAAUCAAUUUUAGAUCAUAAUUAUAGAAGUGCAUUAAUUUUAGAAGAUGAUAUAGAUAUUGAAUUAAAUAUCAAGUCAAUUAUGACUGAUAUCCAUCACAUAUUACCGGCUAAUUGGGAAAUUCUAUACCUUGGUCAUUGCAGUAAUUGGGAAGGGAGUUCGGGUGAACCAUUGCCAGAUCAAAAUCAUGGACAAUCUAUUUAUAAGCUUUUCAAAUCUAAUAGGCCAUAUU